GCGGCCCCUUUAAGAAGCUGUAUUCCUCUUUGAGGUGUUCCACUAUGUCGAAGGCGUAAACAUUCCGUGCGAAUGAUCCAUCAUCUAGCAGCGAGAGUAAUUCUCUCCCCUCCUAAAUAAUUCUCUCCACUCCUCCUGACGGCAGACAUUCGCCAACAUUCUGCCAUUAAAGAGUUUUGAUGAAAAGACACGCUGGCGACGGAGUGAGAACCGCUGCAGCAGAUUCGACAUAUAUUUUCCACGUUAGAAGGUGAGAGGACAACAUUACCAGGCAGCACUUUACCCUCAAUUGACGUUUUUUUUUUUUUUUUUUUUUUUUAACACUACGAGCUUUAUUUAGCUUGUUGUUGUUCUUUUGGGGAUAGGGGAUUUUUUUGACGUCGCCCCACAAUGUUGACUGGAUCUAAAAGCACGUUCAAAGUGAGACAAAUGCUGCCAGACAUCAAGGAAAGGAUGCUGAGUCAGAGCGGGACGAACGCAAGGAGUCGAGAUGUCUUUGGACUACGUUGUCUUCCAGGCGAGCUCGUGCUGCAGAGAGUGGCCAUGGUGAGGAAGAAGUUGACGGCCAGGGAAGGAAGAGGAUGGCUGUCUGGGACACUCUUCUGCACACACUUCAGAGUGGCCUUCGUGCCCCAGGACGCCCCCAAGCCGGACGACAAUGCAGAGCCAGUUCUUUUAGGAGAUCAUGAUGUAGCGUUGGCCUCCAUUGAGAAGGUUGUGGUUGUUGGUCCCAACAGGACCAAGCUGGUGACGCCAAACUCCUCGCUCAAGUUCACCCCAGAGGAGCUGGUUCUCUACUGCCGUGACCUGCGAGUUGUCUGCUUCUUGUUUGACCGCCUGACCCCUGAUCCACAGGUCAUAGAGAUGACGCACACCAUCGCCAAAACAUACCAGCCUCUCAAACCAGGGUCGGUUUUGUCUUUCCAGAACGCUGCCCUUGGUAGCGUAGAAUUGAAGCAGUUUCUUAGCAACCGGCGGCGGGACGCCCACAUGAACUGGUACGAGUCGACGUCCGACUUGGAACAGGAGGUGGAGCGGUGCGGCGCCAGCGGCUGGAGAGUCAGUUCUGUCAACGAGCGCUUUGAGAUGUCCACCAGUCUGCCAAGGUUUAUCGUGGUUCCUCAGAAGGUUCUAGACACCGAGCUGAAGAAAAGCUUCGCCCACUUCAACGACGGACGCAUCCCUCGUUGGUGCUGGCGACACCCAAGGGGCAGCGACCUCCUGCGAAUGUCCAGCUUCCAGAACAACAUCUACCACGAGAAGGACGACAUCAGGAACCUGGAGCUCAUUUUGUUCGGGAGCCAUUCCUCCUUGUGUGUGGUCGUGGAGCUGGGAGAAGAGCUGCCGUCGCCGGCCGACAUCCAACUGGCACACGGCCGCCUGCGCUCUCUCUGUCUAGGCGAUAUCUCCACGUCCGUGACCGUGCCCGACGACAAGUGGUUGUCCACCCUGGAGGGAACUCACUGGUUGGACUAUACCAGGGCGUGUCUGAAGAAAGCGUCCGAGGUGGCCUGCCUUCUUCGCAGCGGUCACAUGACCGUGGCGCUGCAAGAGGCGGACGACCGGGACAUGAGCUGCGUGGUGUCCAGCCUGGUGCAGGUGAUGUGCGACCCCCACUGCCGAAACCUGCUGGGGUUCCAGAGCCUGGUGCAGAAGGAGUGGGUGACGGCCGGCCACCGCUUCUACAGCCGCAUCAACUAUCACCGUGACAAUGACAAGGAGGAGGCUCCGGUCUUCUUGCUCUUCCUGGACUGCGUCUGGCAGCUGUGGUCUCAGUACCCCUCCCGGUUCCAGCUGACCGACGACUUCCUGUUGGCCCUGCACGACAGCACUCACCUGCCGCUCUUCUCCAGCUUCCUGGGGAACUGCCAGCGGGAGCGAUGCCGACGCUCUCAGAACCUGGGCCAGACCUACACGCCGGUCAACGGCUGGCGGGACGCGUCCGAGCCGCCUGACCCGCCCCUUCCUUCGGUGUGGGACUGGUCCCUGCAGUGCAGCAAGCAGAGACGAGGCCGCUUCACGCAGCCUGUCUCGGGGACGCCUCCUUUGCAGCCGGUGAUCAAUGGGAACCUUAACAGCGACCUGGAUGCCAACAGGCUGACCGAUGCCAUCCCGGGCUCUGUCUUCCUCCUCUCCCGAGGAAUCUUCUCCUGUCCUGCCAAUCUGCUUCCUUGGCGCAGCGGCGGCACGUCAGGUGUUUACCGGAAGAGCCACCGCAGGGCGCCGUCCUCGGAGAACGUUCCUGGGCUGGAGAGGCUGAUAAAAGCCUGGUCCCUCACUGAAGUCCCUGCAGUCCACACUUUCAACUCAGGACUUCAUGGACCAGUGGACCCCUACCAGCCCCUCAUACCCCUGCUGAUGGGGCCUUGUGUGGGGCUGUGGAGAGAGUGCUACCACCGGGGGGCGCUGCAUGCCGAGGUAUGUCUACAGGCCUUCUCGCACCCCACCCCGGCUGACUCCGCCCACCCUCUGGAGCGACUGUGCCAGGAGGUCCAGCAGCUGCGAGACAAGUUGGCUCAGGCGGCGUUGGACUCGCAACCCGACUCGCUCGCCAGGAAGACGGCGGCCGGGCCUCGCCGCGACGCCAACUCCAACCAGACCACGGACAACAACGCCACCUUCCUCUUCGCCGCGUCCGGGCCUCCUCGAGGAGGUGGCGUGGCCAAAGGCGCCGCGGCCCCGCCCACCCCCCUCAACCACAACAGCGGCAGGGCUCCUCGGCCCACAUCUGCCGCCUCUAGGGGCGUCAACGCCAACAGACACACCUUCCUCUUUGGCCACGCCCCCGCCGCACAGACACGCCCCAACGCCAAAGCGGACAAAAGCGGCGACGCCUCCGAUGAUUCUUGAGAUCCAAAGUCCUUUUUAUCCUCUCUUAAUGCCUAAGGGAAGGAAGUGUCCUGGUGGUGACCCACAAUGCACCUGGUGAUGACCCACAAUGCACCUGGUGAUGACCCACAAUGCACCUGGAUGUGUCUCAGGAAGAAAAUCAUCAGACACUUCAUUAGGAACACCAGCACAUUAAUCUACUGCCAGCCAGUAUUUACUAGUACUUGUACUACGUUCUCCCAGUCUUCACUGGUACUUGUACUACGUUCUCCCAGUCUUCAAUAGUACUUGUACUACGAUCUCUCAAUAUUCACUAGUACUUGUACUACGAUCUCCCAGUCUUCACUAGUACUCGUACUACGAUCUCCCAAUAUUCACUAGUACUUGCACUAUGAA